UGUAUUGAAGUAUUCUGUUGACGUACUACACUACAAGGAGGCGUCGGUGUGCCUGCUGUGCGGGACGCUGGUGUGUCUGAAGCAGGCGUGCUGUCGGCAGCAGCAGGUGUGCGAGGCUGUGCAGCAUGCGAUGGAGUGCGGCGGCGGCACCGGCAUCUUCCUCGUGGUGACCUCCACGUACAUCAUAGUGAUCCGCGGCCGGCGCGCCUGCCUGUGGGGCUCGCUGUACCUGGACGACUACGACGAGGAGGACCGCGACCUCAAACGCGGCAAGCCCCUAUACCUGAGCCAAGACCGCGUAGACCUACUCCAAGCUCAGUGGCUGGCGCACCGCUUCGACCACACGAAGCGAACCUGGGUCUGGCACAGAGACUCCCUCUGAGGCCUGCCCACCCGCCGCGCCGACGACGAGUUGUGACCGCCGCCCGCGAGAUGGCGCUGCUUAGGAUAAACUCACAGAGGUGCCGCCACUGGACAAUAGAUGGCGCUGUUUGGUAAAUGAAAGGAUGAUUGAUGAAGUUAUGGUAGAGGAAUGUAGAUGGUGUGUGAAUCGUGUGUGUUGUUGAAACUAGAUGCCUUGUUAUAGUGAACUGUAUGUAUGUAUUUGAAUAUAAGAUUUUAGAGGUUAAAUUAUUAUUAUUAUAGUUUAUUACUUGAAUAGAAUUUUAGCUGUGUGGCGCACUUUGCGUUUUGAUUUUAUUUCGAUUGUAAA